AUGCCGCUUCCAACCGGAGUCUACCGCGCUGACCAAGUUGGGUCUCUGCUUCGGCCGAAGGAAAUCCUCGAGGCGCGUGAGAAAGUCGUGGCUGGAGAACUGUCCAAGUCGGACCUCCGGCAGCUCGAGGACAAGUACAUCGCAGAUGUCGUGCGGAAACAGCUCAAUGCGGGCCUACGAGCCAUCACAGACGGCGAGUUCCGUCGCGCAUUCUUCCACCUAGACUUUCUCCAGCAUCUGGACGGCAUCGAGGUGCGCGGGAAUAUGAUGUCGACCAACACCUCCAAGGGCGGAUUUGCACCCCCGAAACUGGUUGUCACCGGGAAGCUGGGCCACAGCAAGCCCAUCCAGGUCGACGAUUUCAAGUUCUUGGAACGCCAGAUCGCCGAGGCCGGCGGCCAGGAGAGCUUUGGCAAGGUUUCGGCGAAAGUGGCGAUCCCCAGCCCGACGAUGGUGCAUUUUCGAGGCGGGCGCGAGACGAUCGACCUCGACGCGUACCCGUCCAUGGACGUCUUCUUUGACGACCUCGCGCGGGUCUAUCAGGAGGAGAUCCAGGACCUAUACGAUGCAGGAUGCCGGUUCGUACAGCUCGACGACACAAAUCUCGCGUACCUGUGCGAUCCGAAGAUGCGGUCCGAGGCAGAGAGCAGACACGGCAGCGACGCGAAACAGCUCGCGAGCCAGUACGCGACCCUGAUCAACCGAGCCAUUGAGAAACGGCCCCGCGACAUGACUAUCGGGAUCCACCUGUGCAGGGGCAACCACCGUAGCCAAUGGUUCGCGCAAGGCGGCUACGAGCCUGUCGCCGAGGUCCUCUUCAAAGACCUCAACGUUGACGUCUACUUCCUCGAAUACGACGACGCGCGCUCCGGCGACUUCAGCCCCUUGCGCCACCUGCCGCCGCACAAGGUCGUCGUGCUCGGCAUCAUGACCAGCAAAAAGGGUGAUCUGGACGACAAAGCCGCCAUGAUCCAGCGCUUGAACGAGGCCGCCAAGUACUGCGGGAAGGGCCUUGAUCAGCUCUGCCUCAGCCACCAAUGCGGCUUCAGCAGUACCAUGGAAGGCAAUGAGUUAAGCGAGGAGCAGCAAUGGGCAAAGAUUCGGUUGGAGGUCGAGAUUGCCAAGGCGAUUUGGGGCCCCAGUACCGCGGAGUGA